CAUCCAUCUGUUCCAUGAGCUGUAACUCAUCCAUCUGUUACAGUGGAGGUUCAGAACCAUCUGUUCCAUGAGCUGUAACUCAUCCAUCUGUUACAGUGGAGGUUCAGAACCAUCUGUUCCAUGAGCAGUAACUCAUCCAUCUGUUCCAUGAGCUGUAACUCAUCCAUCUGUUACAGUGGAGGUCCAGAACCAUCUGUUCCAUGAGCUGUAACUCAUCCAUCUGUUACAGUGGAGAUCCAGAACCAUCUGUUCCAUGAGAAGCCUGGCCAGAUGCGCAACGUAGAAGACUACGUCCACAUGACGUCUGCGGUCUUGACAGGCAUGGCACCAGCCGCUGUUAUCCUCAAACAUUAUCGGUACCUGGUGGUGGAUGGUCUGGAGUACAUAGUAUCAGGAGCAACGUUCAUGCUCAUAACCAUGCUUAUGCUCGCGCAUAGUAAGCACCAGGACUCCCUCAACCAGCAGGUACACCUACAAAUGGGUAUACUUUGGUUCCUCUUGGCAGUUACUAUGUACGCAGAGACCGUGAACAUGGACAAGCCUGUCUACCCCAUUAUACGUGGCUUUCUACUCAUCUACCUGGGUGGACUGUGGAUCCAAGCAGACUUCAUCCUCUGGAACAUGGAUAACGACAAGCGGUGGCCUCCAGAGGACCAUUUCUACCUCUUCCUUGAGACCAUGACGAUGGCCUGGCACUUCAUCGGGGCCAUCAUGGUCACCUGCAUCGUUAACUUCAUCGUCCUCUUCCUGGUGAAGAGGCUAACAGCUUCACAAGUGAGGCAGGAGCUCGACAUCAGUAAAGGUGCCAUUCAAGCCCUGAUGGCGCUGCCUGAGGGCGAGCGUCGUAGCCUGCGUCAAAUGGAGUGUAAUGGUGUGGGAGCCUUUCAUGCAAACGGAACGAGCGAGCUCGUCUCCCUCAAAGGCAACCAGUGCGCGGACGACUAUGUCCAAACGUUCGAGGACCAUCUACUUCCCGUCAUCCGCCACCGAAUUCGCCGCAGCGCCAUCUUCCAACAAGAUAAUGCCUCAAUCUGUACAGCGCGCACGACCAAGGCCUUCUUCAAGCGUGCCAAAGUCCGGGUUAUGGACUGGCCAGCCAAGUCCCCCGAUCUGAAUCCCAUUGAGAACGUCUGGGGGUACAUGGCUGGCAUCGUCUACGCCUGCUGGAAGCAGUAUGACACGAAGGAAGAACUCGAGUUGGCCAUUCAAGCCGCCUGGUCCAAUCUGGACCCCAACUACCUCCAUUACCUUGCCUGA